UAGGCAAGAGAGUCUGAGAGAUCUCAAGGGAAUUGCUGUUGGAAGAUUGUUUGGACUUAAUGGAAACUGGAGGAAAAUCAAAAAGAUGACAGAGUGACUGGGGAAGAGGAACACAGUGAUGAACUAACCAAAGAUUCUGAGGAUGAAACAGCUGAAUGAAUGUUAAAUCUGAAACUAAUAAAUAAAUAAAGCAAAAAGGAGGAAAUCUCCAACAAAGAACCAAAGUAACACAAACCAAAGGAGAAUAUAUCAAACAACUCAACAAGAAACAAGAAGCAUUUGAAGAGGAGAAAAGAAAGUGAUAGAGACAAAAUGAAGUUGGAGGCAUGUCUAGACAACAUGAGCAAGUGGAAGGAGGAUGACUUUGCGCUGAACUGUACCUACAUCGUCCAUGACCAGGCGUCUGAACCUAGCUUCAGCCUGCCCAAGGCUAUGACUUCCAUUCCACGAAACCUCACCUUCCAGUACUGCAUUGACAACCAGGUGACUGGUGUAUUUAGCAAAGAGUACAUACCUCAGGGAACACGAUUUGGGCCCCUACAAGGCGUCAUCUACACCAAAGACAAGGUGCCCCCUCAGACCAACAGGAAAUACUUUUGGAGGAUCUACAGUGGUGGCCAGCUACACCACUUCGUUGAUUGCUACGAUGUGCAGCGCAGUAACUGGAUGCGGUACGUCAACCCCGCACGCUCGCUGGCCGAACAGAACCUGGUGGCCUGUCAAAAUGGCCAUGAGAUCUUCUUCUACACCAUCCAGCCCGUGGAGCCCAAGCAGGAGCUGCUGGUGUGGUACAGUGGGGAGUUCUCCCAAAGACUUUGCGGCCAGCCUGAGCAACGAGACUGCCUAAAGCCAAAGCACAUACCUGAUAUCACAGCAUACGACUAUCAGAAGCGGCCCUUACCUCAGUAUACCUACUACCCUAAACAGCCCCCCACCCCACACAAACUUCAAAGUGAAGGAGAGGAAGAGGAGGUAGAUGAAAAGAUUGAUGUAGAGGUUAUCAAGAGGGACACGCCACCUGACACACCAGACGAACAGGUCAUGGAUUUUAGCAAGAAGAUCCAUAAAGCUGCACAACCAGAGCCUGUGCAUUCUCCCCAUCCCAAUCACAGAGAGCUGAACAUGAGCGCUCAUCCAUAUCCCACCCUUUCCCCACCCCAAGACCUUCCGCUCCACCUACAUGGCCUCUAUGGUCAUCGAGAAGGCUUGAUCUCGUACCCUUCAUUGCCCUCACCAAGACCUCUCCAAGGUCAAUAUUCCAUUUUAUCACCAUACAACCUCCAAUACCAGCGCUUGCUCUUGCCUCCAUAUUCCCCUCCCUUCCCCUCCUUGUUGCCCACAAAAGGGGGUCACCGGUACAAUGGCUUUCUGGGUAAUGAUGGCUUGCCCUACCCCUCCAUGCCCCAGCCCGGUCUGUUACCCGUUACGUUACCCUAUCCUACCCCACUUCACGGAGGUCUAAAGGAAAGAAUCCCGAAUACUCCACCUAGAGGAGCCCCCGCGACCCCUGAACUCUCCCCUCAGCCAAAGCACUUGCACCAGCAAACCUUGCAGAAGCCCUUCUCUGAAUUUGAGGAGGCCAUCAAUCUCAGCCUGGCUAUACCCAAGAGCAUGUCAUCUUCGUCUUCAUCCUCCCCACCGGCACCUGGGUACAAAUCUCUCCCAUACCCACUCAAGAAGAAGAAUGGCAAAAUCAAGUAUGAAUGCAACAUCUGUCUCAAGACAUUCGGUCAACUGUCCAACCUUAAAGUGCACUUGAGGGUCCACAGUGGAGAGAGGCCAUUCCAAUGUAAUCUUUGUAAAAAGAGCUUCACCCAGCUAGCCCACCUACAGAAACAUCACCUUGUCCACACAGGAGAGAAACCACAUGAGUGCCAGGUGUGCCACAAACGCUUCAGCAGCACUAGCAACCUGAAAACCCACCUACGUUUGCACUCCGGGGAGAAGCCCUAUCAUUGUAAGCUGUGUGGGGUGAAAUUUACCCAGUACAUCCACCUCAAACUCCAUCGUCGGCUGCACAACUCUCGCGACCGACCCCACUGUUGCCAGGCCUGCACUAGGGGUUUCAUCCAUCGCUUCUCUCUGCAUCUCCAUCAGCGUUCAGGCUGCUGUCCGACCACCCAUAUUGAAAUGCCAGAACUGAGGCAAGCAGCAGGGCUUGUAGAGCGCUUUGAUGUCAGUCACGAGGCUGAGGCUCUGCCUGAGAGUGCCGGAGAGGCUCAAGUGGAUGCUGCCUUGAAAAAAUGGUUGGCGAGAAGUUUGGAGAGUGGCGAGGGGAAAGAGGACCUUGGAUUCCUCAAGGCUUUCGCUGCAGUACCACAAGAUGUGACUGCUAUCGGACAUCACCAGGAGAGAGCCAGUGUGGUACAUUUCAACCACCGGCCCUCUAUAAAGACUGAGGAGGAGUAGACAAGGGAGAAAGUUGAAAGGAUGACAUUAUAGCUUUUUCAUGUCUUCCAGAAACCCCAAAAAUGGCUAUUCAUGCGCAUGGCAUUCCCUAGUUUACACCAAAAAAACCUCUCUUCCCUGGUAUACAGGGAUGAAUCAGAGAGAGGAAGAGUAAAUCAAGCCAAUGAGAGCCGCACCAAACAAACAAAGUUUCCAAAGACUUAAAGAAUUCUACCCUCUGACCUGCUUUAAAAUGAAGAUGUGAUUUAAAAUGUCCUCAUACUUCAUCUGCUUUUCAUACUUAUGAGAAUGUCUGGUUUGUGUCAGUUUGUCUUAACUUAUUAUUGUCGAAAGUUUUCUUUUUAAGAGCACUGUAUCAAACUUACUUGUGUACCUCUCUUUUUUAUGUAUGGCUUACUGUUGUGACUUUUUUUUUUUUAAUGUUGGGAUUCUCAGGAAUAAUUUGUCAAUCCCACUAUGGACACUAUGUGACAGUCCCAAAUGGAUUGGCUAUUUCCUGUUCAUUCCAAGUGUGAUUCCAGUGUGUAUGUGUACAUAUUGGGUAUAUGUGAACGACUGUAGCUGAAUUUAAAUUAUUUUAGAUGAGAUUCAUUUUGAUCAAAUAAAAAGGACUAUUGACAGUACUGUCAAUAACUUUUUCAA